UGUAUGUAAGGAGGAAUGGCGCCGGUUGCUGGAGUUCUGAAGUGAAUCCUCCGCGGAUUCUGACCACUGAGAGCAGCUCUGUCGGUAGAGUGCACAGUACUAACAAUGGAUGGUCCUCCGGUAAACUCUGGAAUACCUCUGGCGACACAAACAGUGGUUUCUCCUGUCCCCCAAACCUCCACCAACUUAAGCACGAAACCUCGGGACAAGCGGAGGACUCCUGCAUUCCUGUCCAACUUGGGCAAGGCUACCUUAAGGGGCAUCCGCAAGUGCCCUCAGUGUGGCUUCUACAAUGGUACUCGUGGUCUAAGCUGUAAGAACAAGGCCUGUGGCACAGUCUUCAGGGAUGUGGACAACAGGACAGGACGAUUAAAGAAAGGGGCUUCUGAAGUGGUUCAAGUUGUGACAGAUAGUGGAGGCAGAGGAGGAGGUCUGCAGGUCUUCUCUGUGCGUCAACAGGGACGUGGCUCUGAACAUCGAGGUUUUGUUGAGUUAGCCCUAACGGAUACAGCCAUUACAACUGCAGAUGGGACUGUGCUGACCCGUGUCAAUGUUGGCAGGUGUUACAUGCCAUCUUGCCAGCAGAACGAAAGCGAGUCAACAGUCGACUUGGGGGUCAAUCAGCAAGAGUCGCAACCAUCCAAAAGUCCCUGUACCCAUGUGAAACAAGCAAUGGAGUGUCAGACCCAAGCAACACCUCUGCCACUUAAAAGCUCUGUGCUGGAGGCUCUAGUGGCUUCCUCCCAGGCCAAGGCAGAGUUGUGGAGGCUGGCUACAGAGACACCAGGACCUUUAGUUCAGAGGGUCUCCAAAGGGACACUAAUAGUAAAGUGUCAGCCAGGAGAAGCCCACCCUUUGGGAUUGCUGCAUCUUACAGUGGGUGUAUUUGGUCUUAAAGAGAAGACUGAGGGUGCUGCACCCUUCCGCUGUGCAUGUUAUGCAGCCAAUGUAAAGGGGGAUUUAGUGGCAAGAAGCGGGGAUCAGUCUAAUGUUCGAGGAGAAAUUUCCCAGGGACACAGUUUACCUGAAUGUUGCCUGCAUUUCUAUGCCUGUGUUUGUGCCUUCAGGAGUGAUGAGAAGCUGACCUCUGAGUUUUCAGCUUUUCUCAACUACAACAUGAACGGCAUUCAGGAGAGUGCAGAUCCCAUAGUUCUAGCUAUAUCGGAGUCUCAAAAGCAUACGGAGUCCUUCAUCCCUCAUCGAUCCAAGAGACACAAAUUUGUGGAGUCCUCUACUGCUUCCUCUGUGUCCUCUGCGUCUCUUCUGGCUGUCAAAGACACUUCUGCUCCCACCCUAAACCAGCGCAAACCCACUCACAGAAAACACUCCAGUUCUACUGGGCUUAAGAACCCAGGAAACAGCCAGCCAGUGGAUGAAACACAUGUGUCACUGAGUUUUCAGCAGUGGUUGGCCAGUGUUACUGAGAGGAUCCAUCAGACCAUGCACUUUCAGUUUGAUGGAAAGCCGGAGCCGCUGGUGUUUCACAUUCCUCAACCGUUCUUUAAUGCACUACAGCAGCGUUUAUCACUGGGCUCAAAGAAGAGAAGACUGCCCAAUUACACCACUACAUUUGUGCGUAAUGACGCUUUGCCUCUGGGCUCUUUCUCUAAAUACACCUGGCACAUUACCAACUUGAUGCAUGUGAAACGAAUAUUUGAUACACCAGAGUUGCCUCUGGAACUCACUCAGAGCUUUGUGAAGAACAGUGAUGGCUCCUAUUCACUGUACCGCUGUCGGGAGACCCCUCUUGAUCCUGGAUCUGACACGUCCCACCAUUCACGCAUCAAUAAACCUUUGGCCAUCAGACCGUUGGAGCUACGCACAUUCCUUAGAGUUGGGACAUGCAGUGCUGAGCAGACAGAGCCAGUGCCUUUCGUGAUCGAAUGGAUCCCAGACAUCCUUCCACACUCACAGGUGGGAGAGCUGAGGAUCCGGUUUGAGUACGGCCAUCAGCUGGGCAGUAAGCCAGAGCACUGCAAGACCUCUGCUGGGACAGAGAGAACUGAGCAAACGAUUGCAGACACCAUCACACAGCAGUAAGUUCCUGUAGAAGACUGAGAUUAUCAUGCAGUUCAGCAAUUACAAUUCACCAUUGGCUUGAAUGUUAUGGACUUUUUUAAAUUGCACUUAGCAUAUUAGCUGGCAAUGAGGUGCUACUCAGGAAAAUGGUCAUUGUUGUGUUACAGACAAACUGUUGUAAAUAUUAAAGCUCUGGAUAUAUAAAAACAAACAACAAAAUGAGUACAAAAUAAUGUAAUGUGAAAUGUUUUCUGCUGUUCAAAGAUAAUUCAUUCUCAUACAUUUCUUA